AGGAGCAACUGAAGUCAUCAACUAAACUCAAACCCCAAGAACUCAAGAUCCAAUCUUUUCUACCAUCUUCACCAAAUCUUUCAAGAAAAUCCCUAGAUUGACCUUGUACAUCAAUGGCAAAUUCAUCUUGGAGGAAAGAAAGACCCACUAAGCUCUUAGCAGCAGCCCCCAAGACCCUGUUUUUAUUAUUCUCCACUUUGCUUCUUUUCCUCACCUACCUCUCAUUCCAAACAUCAAACUCUAACUCUAGCUCACUCUCUCUUAAAACCCCUUUUUUUCAUUCUUCAGUUCACCCCUUUGAUUGCUACAAUUCACCUCAAUCUCACCCUGUCAUUGCUUCUGUAGUUGAAGGCCUACAAUACCCUUUUCUUUAUUCUCUUUCUGAUUUCGGGACAUUGCCCGAAAAGCCUCACAAGAACAUUGUUAGAGUGCUGAAAGGGAAGCCGUUUAGGAGGCCUGACAUUUCGGUUACGGUUCAGGAAUUGUUGGGGAGGAUGAGGGGGGAGGGGAAAAUGGGGUUGUUUGUUGAUGUUGGGGCUAAUGUGGGUAUGGCUUCUUUCGCUGCUGCGGUGAUGGGGUUUCGGGUUUUGGCAUUUGAGCCUGUGUUUGAGAAUUUGCAGAGGAUUUGUGAAGGGAUUUAUUUUAAUCGGUUGGGUGAUUUGGUUACUGUUUUUGAGGCUGCUGCUUCUGAUCGAGUUGGCAAUAUAACAUUUCAUAAGUUGGUAGGCCGUCUCGAUAACAGUGCAGUUUCUGCCAGUGGAGCAAAGCUGGCAUUUAAAUCCAAUGAAGAGGUCGCUCUUCAAGUGAGGACAAUCCCACUUGAUGAACUGAUUUCGGAGUCUGAACCUGUUCUUCUGAUUAAAAUUGAUGUUCAAGGUUGGGAGUAUCAUGUAUUAAAGGGAGCUAAAAAGUUAUUAUCAAGAAAGGAAAAGGAUGCCCCAUACUUGAUAUAUGAGGAAGAUGAGCGGCUUUUGCAAGCGAGUAACAGUAGUGCCAGAGAGAUUCGAGAAUUCCUCCAUUCUGUUGGUUACCACCAUUGUACAAGGCAUGAUACUGAUGCGCACUGCACCAAAAGAAAGGAAUAGUAUAUACUUAAACCGACACUGCACAGUGCACACAAACCAUAUCCUUUUAGAGCGUCAAACAUCUUGGCAGUAAUUAGUACUUGUUAAAUGUUAAUAGUGUGCUGAAAGGGUUCUGCAGGUUAACUGGCAGCCUGUUCUUUGAUCCUACAGUAAAAAAUAUUGUAUCUCACCAAUGAUGUCAGCUUUAGUGAAAAUUAAAAAACGUAGCUCUGGUUGAUCUUUUGUGCACUUCUGUUGAAAGCAAGCCAGUGGUGGAAUUUCAAGAAAAUCCGACUGGGAGCUGAAUAGGUGUGCCCCGAUGCAUCAAGGUUGGAAUAGUUUAUUCAAGUUGUAUAUGUAUUGAACAUCAUUUUGGUAAUCGGCAAGAAAUAGGCAUUCUUUGUUGUUUUCAUGUGUUACUUUGGUUUAGUUACGUCUUGAAUACUAUUCUAGUUGCUGAGUCUUUACUGUCAGAAGUAAAAAUUGCAGACUCUUUCAUAACUUGUAUUCUGAAGCCAAAAAAACCUGUAAUAUGUUAUGCUGAUUGCCUUGAGAAUACUUUUAUUAA